GCCGUUUCUUGUCCAGCACACUUUGCAUAAGCAGUAGCAGAUUCGACUGCUGUUCGGCAUUGUUUGUGCGCCCUGCAGCCUUUCUCAUUUGCGAAGGGCCCGAAGCGCGUCUUGUCUCGGCGGGUUGCGCCCGGUGCAUCGAAGUGGCAAUCCAUGAUGGUGACGCCUUUGUCAUUUGCACCCAUGUUGGAGGGCCUGUCCUACGAAGAUAAGAGCUCAGUGAAAGAUUCGCUGUUGCAGCAGCUGAGGUGUGGGAGACUUGGGAACCAAAGGCAGCAAUAGUUGAUGUGUGUAGCAGUUAUCAGCUAUGGGUUUUGCAAAAGGCCAGAGAAUUGGAGUCCUGAGGCACGAUGCAUGGAACAUGUGAAGUGACUUCAUUGUUGAACACACUUGCUGGCAUGGCAGGAGGGGAAUGAAGAUGGUUGUGCACCGAUUUGGCCUCGAUGAGAAGCUUGUGUUCCUAGGUAAGGACGACAAGCUCUUCGGUGUUGGCUUGAAAGCUGAUCAAAGCACGCCACAAGAGAUCCUAUCAUGCGGGACAAGGCCAAGGCCUUGGGAGCUUCAGGCACAGAGGCGACAAGAUGUUACAUCGGUGCACAUCACUGGGACAGCCCAGGAGGCUUUGGUGCUGAAUCACACGCUGGAACUGUUCUCGAUGCAUGCAACUGGAUCUGAGAUGCUUCGGCUCUUACCAUCCAAAAAGGUGAUCCAGCUUGCCUGCAGCGAUGAGCACUAUUUGGCUUUGACUACAGAUGGGCAGGUCUACCCUUGUGGCUCCAAUCAAUAUGGUCAGCUUGGGCUCGGAAAUACCAGUCCUGUGCAAGAGCUGGGCCAGGCGGUAGUAUCACUACAGACGGACGCAGGCUCUCAGAGAUUUGCAACUUUUGUUGCAUGUGGGAGAUGGCAUUCUGUUGUGAUAUGCGAGCAGGAGUCAUUGCAUACCUUUGGAAAUGGUGACUAUGCCCAAUGCGGGAACGGUGGGCAAAACACCUUUACCCCCAAAUGCCUGGGAUGCAGCGAGCAGAUCGUCAAAGCUUGCUGUGGCUCUAAUCAUUCGCUAUUCUUGUCUUCAAUAGGUGAUCUUUAUGGCUGUGGGUCUGGACAGAUAGGUCAACUGGGCGCUCAUUUGCGGUCGAGUCACAACUAUUCAAAAGUCAAACUGCCAGAAACGGUCAGGGGUCGUGUCAUCGACAUUUUCGCCAACCCCAUGCUGGAAGUUUCUGUGCUGAUGGACGAGCACGGAGUGUUUCAUCUUGCCGGGGCAGCAAACGAGUUGCUGGGCAGCCGUCAUGUGAUCGAGGACUUUCUGCCGUGGGAGUCCAAAUCGUUGGUGGUUGGCUCUCGCUUUGUGUGCAUGCAGCCAGUGACGCAGCGCUACCGUGCACCCUUUGAUCUUCCGGAUGCUUGCGACAUUUGCAUUCUUGUGCAAGACCAGAAAACACCCAUUUACUUUGGGUGGGAUACAAUCCGGUUUCGCUCACUAUUUUUGACUAAGAUGGUGCAAAAUAGCAAGAUGGAUCAUGUACACAAGCUGGAGGAUGGCCGAGUCGAACUCAAGAUUCAGAACUAUUCAUGGAAGGCCAUUCAAGCCUAUGGCAAGUACUUACAUGAGGAUGAGGUAGAAGGUGCGGAUCCCCAAACCCUUCUGGAGCUGCUUAAGCUUGCCGAUGAAUACGGAGAUGAGACUGGUUUGCAAGGGCUGUGUGCUAGUGCAUUACGAAGAAGCGUGAACAGUGAGAACUUGUGCUCGUUUCUGGAACAUUGCAUCAAGAUGGAUCUGCUGACCUUGGCGUCUGACUGUGUCGAGCAAGGACUUACGUUGUCAAAUGUAUGCGGCGUGUUGAAUUUGACUGCCUGUCCUGAAGAUCAAGAUGCCGCUGUGAUGGAUACAGCAGUGAUGUCAAUGAUGAGAUACAUCCAGGACAUAUGCAUCGCAUUUGCUGCGCAGCAUGCGACGGUUUUCGUUGAGGACACAAACUUUGCCAACUUACAGCCCAAGAUUGCAAAGAAGUUCGUGUCAAAGCUAAGCAGCAUGAAACUACUCAAAACCUGACCUAACUAGAUCGGGCCAACGCACUACUUAUUUUGCAUUUUGGAGGAUGGACUGGGAGUCUCUGUUUGUCCUUCCCGUUUGCCAUAUAGUGCCAUAUUGAAUUUUAUUGCAUUCUGGCUGGCGGUAAGAGCUAAGAUCAAGGCUCUUGGACAGCGCAGCAGCCAGGUGUGGACGUGAUUGAGCUCGAAUGCAUUCAAAGAUAUUCAAAC